UUUAUGUUGUUUUCUAAUGAUUAUUUCACUUAUCAGACUUCUUUUCCCCGCUUCCAAGCUGAGAACUUGGUCAAGAACAAGGUUAUAUAUGAUAGGAUUGAAAGUCUUAGCAAGAAGCAUGGAUGCACUACUGCUCAAUUAGCAUUAGCAUGGUACUCCAACAAGGCAAGGAUGUUGUGCCUAUUCCUGGAACAACCAAGAUUGAGAAUCUGGAUCAAAACCUUGGUGCAUUAGGAGUGAAACUAUCAGAAGAGGACAUGCGGGAAAUUUCUGAUGCAGUUCCUGAAGAUGAUAUAGCAGGUAGUAGAUACUACAAUGGAAUGGAUAGUUUAUCCUGGAAGUUUGCUAACACACCUCCAAAAGUUUCAACGGUCUCAACAUGAAGUAAAAU